AUGGCGAAGAAUAAGAUCGACAACACCAGUUUGGCACUGGACAAAGAUUUCACUAUUGAUCAAUUAUUGCCGAAGGAGUUGGUCGAUCAUUACAUGAUUCGAAAGCCAAUUGGAGUGAGGGUUCACAAACAGGAUUGUAGAAUUACUCAUGUUCUUCCGGAGUCAAUACUAAUUGGAAAAGCUUUUCUGGGAGAUUGUAUUGUGGGAAUCGAUGAUAAAGUGAUCACCAGUGGAGACGAGUUACACACUAAAUUGAAGGAGAAAACCGAGAAUAUUCAUCUUUCCUUGAAACGAAACAUGUUCUCAUGGUGUUUCCAUAUUCGGACAACUGUCGAGAAGAUUCAAAUCGAUCGGGAUGUUGAGAGGAUCACUCCGAACCCUGUUAAUCACUAUUUUGUGCUCAUAAGACUCCGUCCAACUCCUGAAAUGCAGAUAAUAGAUUUGGGAUUAUUUGUGAAAUACAACAAUAGAGAUCGUCUUGAAGUCGACUACGUGACACCCAACAGUCUGGCGUCUAUCCAUCUGAAGGCUGGUGAUGUCAUCCGUGAAGUCAACUCCCAACAAAUUUGCUCCAAGAGUAUGCUCCGUUACCAUAUCGCCAACAGUAUCGCCUCUUCCGGAGUCUUCACUCUUCUCGUCGAAUCCCCAAUUCGUGAUACAGUCAGAGAUCAUAUCGAUUUGGCAGAUGACGUCGUGCAGAUCGCUGACAAGGCGGCGGAGGAAUUCAAAAAGUUGGGAAAAGGAUAUGUUCCUCAGCCACCGAGAAAAGCGAAUCCGAAGAGAAAUAUCAAGUUGAAAGAAGAGAAAACAGAGUAUCCAAUCGUCAGUGAUAUUGAUCCAUCAAAGUUGAGACCGUGCAAAAAUGCUAGUUGA